GUAGGUGUGGUCUGUGUGAGGAGCAGGGUGAGGCUCGGGACUUGAAGACAGUCGUGUUUCACACAGUGUCAGUUUGUGUUUGCUGCUCUCUCAGGUGACUCAGGGAUCUCAGGUUCUCUCUGUGUGUUUGAGAUCAAAGACCAGCAACAUGGAUCUGUCAGAUGCUCUUGGUGGUCCCUGGCCAGGCAACCCACAGCCCAGCAAUCCAUCCUGGCCAGGCAACCCACAGCCCAGCAACAACCCACAGCCCAGCAAUCCAUCCUGGCCAGGCAACCCACAGCCCAGCAAUCCAUCCUGGCCAGCAGGUGGAAGUGGAGGCGCCUGGCCCGGAGCACCGUCCGGAGGUGGAAGUGGAGACCCCUGGCCCGGAGCUCCGUCCGGAGGUGGAAGUGGAGGCCCCUGGCCCGGAGCUCCGUCCGGAGGUGGAGGCCCCCAGCCUGUAGGUCCGUCCGCAGGCCCCCAGACUGUAGGUCCUAUAGUCCAGCCCAGUAAGCCUCUGGUGGGUCUGUACUCUUAUCCUUUUCCCGGCGGAUUUCACGACAAACUGCUCAUCACGAUCUUUGGAAAGGUCAAUCACAACCCGAACAAGUUCACAGUGGAUCUGCACACAGAUCGCGACCUGGCCUUCCACUUCAACCCUCGCUUCAAUGAGAACGGCAAUAAGGUGAUCGUCAGGAACAGCCGUAUUGACAACAAGUGGGGGCAGGAGGAGAGACAACUCUGCAAUUUCCCCUUUGCCCCGGGAGAAUCUUUUGAGAUGAAGAUCCUGUGCACCCAGAAAGAGUUUAGGGUCGCUGUCAACAACUCUCACUUGUUUGAGUUCAAACACAGGAUCACAAACCUGCGCUUAAUCAAACAACUCUGCAUCCACCAUGAUGUCAGCGUACAGGGGUUCAACACAGAGAAUCUACCCUGAGUCAGAUUGAGACCCACCACAGAUCUAAGGAGGUCAUCAGAAAAUGGUUGUAGCUCCACAGUUGAUUCAAAAUAUAUCUUUAAUAGAUCUGUAGGUGAUUCUCAGUAAUGAUAGUUUGUUCUUUCAUAUAUAAAACAUCCACAGAAGGUUCUCAGUGGAUCCUCUUGUACUGUUUUUUUUUCUGUUUGGCUCAUAUGAAUAAAUGGUUGAUCUGA